UAAAGUUGAUUGCUCCAUAACUGAUUAAGAAAAAAAUCGCACAACCCUCAUCGAUCGUCCCCACCCAUCUCUCUCUCCGUUUCAGUACUAGAGCUGCCCCUCCAACUCUCUCUCCUCUUCAUCUUCAUCUUCAGCUUCCUCCCAACAUCACCAGGCAAUAAACAGAUUCAAGAACACCCAUCUUUCUAUCCCUCCAAAUUCCAUCCCUCAUCUGCUGCACCGGUGUCAUGGCCCAGCUGGUUGUCUUGGAUCCGGAGAUUCUGGGUCUUCUGAUCAACUCACAUAUAAAGCUGCAGUAAUCCUCUAAAUUAUGCUGAUAAGCCAUGGAAACAUCGAGAGCAACAGUGAAUAGAGAGAGGCAGUACACAUAUAGUAAUGCCUGCCGGAGGAGUAAGCGCAUGGAGGGUCUGUUGCUGCUUCCUCUUCUUCCAGCUAUUGUUGUCCCCGGUUCUUCUAUCCUGGGACGCUCUCGCCAUCGAUCCUCAAGGCGAGGCCCUACUCUCUUGGAAGCAGAGCUUGAAUCGUAACAACCACCACAGCAAUGGCUCGUCCAGAAACAUCGGUGUUCUCUCCGACUGGAAUCCCAACGAUCCAAAUCCGUGCCGGUGGUAUGGCAUCACCUGCGACGCCAGCGGGCGGGUGGUCGAGCUGAAUUUGCAGUACGUGGACUUGCUGGGCGGCGUGCCCACCAAUCUGAGUGCGCUGGCGAUCUCCCUCUCCAUGCUCGUCCUCUCGGGGACCAACCUGACCGGCCCCAUCCCUCCCCAGCUGGGAGACCUCCCCCUGCUAACCCACCUGGAUCUCAGCGAUAAUGGACUCGCGGGCGCCAUUCCCGACGGCCUAUGCCGGCCGGGGAGCCGCCUCGAGCGCCUUUAUCUCAACUCGAACCGCCUUGAAGGGCCGAUCCCGGAUUCCAUCGGCAACCUUUCGGCGCUCCGCUGGCUUAUUAUCUUUGACAACCAGCUCGAGGGGGAGAUCCCACCGAGCAUAGGGCAACUCGCGACCCUCGAGGUGUUCCGGGCUGGUGGGAACAAGAACCUGCGAGGUGCAUUGCCAUCAGAGAUUGGCAACUGCUCCAGCCUGGCCAUGCUCGGCCUCGCCGAGACCAGCAUCUCAGGCCCGUUGCCGCCAACCCUGGGCCACCUAAGGAAUCUCCAGACGCUGGCCAUCUACACCGCGCUGCUCUCGGGACCAAUCCCGCCGGAGCUGGGCCAAUGCAAGGAACUCCAGAACGUUUAUCUCUAUGAGAAUUCCCUCUCAGGUUCCAUACCGCCGCAGUUGGGCCAACUCGAGAGGCUCCAGAGCCUGUUGCUCUGGCAGAACAACUUAGUCGGCGUGAUCCCGCAGGAGCUCGGCGGAUGCAGCGAGCUCCAGGUGGUAGACCUCUCGAUGAACAGCUUGACGGGGAGGAUCCCCGCCACCCUCGGCAACCUCACUUCUCUCCGGGAGCUCCAGCUAAGCGUGAACCAGGUCUCCGGCCCGAUCCCGCUGGAGAUUGCCGGCUGCCUGAACCUGUCCGACCUCGAGCUCGACAACAACAAGAUCUCCGGUGGGAUACCCGCGGAGCUUGGCCGGCUACGCAAUCUCCGGAUGCUCUACCUCUGGGCAAACCAGCUCACGGGGGAAAUCCCACCGGAGAUGGGCGAGUGCACGAAUCUCGAGGCGAUCGAUCUGUCGCAGAACAACCUCACCGGCUCCAUCCCAAAGGGAAUCUUCCGGCUUGAGAGCCUGAGUAAGCUGUUACUCCUGGACAACGAUUUGUCCGGCGAGAUACCCUCGGAGAUCGGCAACUGCUCAUCGCUGGUCCGGUUCCGGGCCAAUGGGAACCGCAUCACCGGAGGGAUACCACCGGAGAUCGGGGGGCUGAAGAACCUCAGCUUCCUGGAUCUGAGCUCGAACCGGCUAACAACAGCCAUCCCGGAGGCGAUGGCCGGGUGCCGCAAUCUAUCCUUCGUGGAUCUACACGACAACGACAUCGGCGGUGUCCUACCGGAUGGGCUCUUCGAGGGACUCCUCUCGUUGCAGUACAUUGACCUUUCCGGUAAUUUAAUUGGCGGGAUACUUCCGUCGGAUAUUGGGCUGCCGACCUCUCUAACGAAGCUUAUUCUCGCGGGAAACCGAAUCUCAGGCCCGAUCCCGCCGGGGAUCGGCUCGUGCUCGCGGCUCCAGCUAAUGGAUCUGAGCAAUAACGCGCUCUCGGGCCAGAUUCCGGGGAGCAUCGGUAAGAUACCGGCGCUGGAGAUCGCCGUAAACUUGAGCUGCAACGACCUUUCUGGCCAGAUUCCGGCGGAGUUCGCGGCGCUCGUCAGGCUCGGUGUGCUCGACAUCUCGCACAACCGGCUCUCAGGCGACCUCCAGCCCCUGGCGAACCUUCAAAACCUCGUCGCCCUCAAUGUCUCCUUCAACAACUUCUCCGGCCGCGUUCCGGACAGUCCUUUCUUCUCCAAGCUCCCAACCGGUGAUUUGGAUGGCAACCCCGCCCUCUGCGUCGCCCGCUGCUCCGGUGUCUACGACUACGGCGACCGUAUCAAGGAGCUGAGGGGCAGCCGUGUGGUCACGGCGGUGAUACUCUCCGUCGCGGUCGUCCUUUUCGCCACGGCUGCCGUCAUUCUUCUUAGCCGAAGAAUGGCGCGCCGCGGCGACGGCCGCGAGGACGAGGAGAAGGAUGGCGACAUGUUGCCGCCGUGGGAGGUGACCAUGUACCAGAAGAUGGAGAUCGGCGUCGGCGACGUGGGCCGGAGCCUGACGGCGGCGAACGUCAUCGGCCGGGGAUGGUCCGGUGUGGUGUACCGUGCGAGGAUCCCGUCCACGGGGGCGGUGAUCGCCGUGAAGAAGUUCCGCACCGGCGACGACGCUGCGGCCACGGCAUUUGCGUGUGAAAUCGGGGCUCUGGCGAGGGUGAGACACCGGAACAUCGUACGGCUGCUGGGCUGGGCGGCCAAUCGUCGGACUAGGCUGCUUUUCUAUGACUACCUCCCCAACGGCACGCUGGGAGGGCUGCUACACGGCGGAGGUAUGGCGGCGGCGGCGGCGGCGGUGGAGUGGGAUGUGCGGCUGGGGAUCGCCGUCGGCAUAGCGGAAGGGCUGGCCUACCUCCACGACGACUGUGUGCCGGCUAUCAUCCAUGGCGAUGUGAAGACAGAGAACGUCCUCCUAGGGGAGCGGUACGAAGCGUGCCUUGCAGAUUUCGGCCUCGCCCGAGUGACGGGAGACAGGAGAUCGGGAGGGGCCGAUUCCGUCCCGGCCUCCCUCGCUGGUUCGUACGGUUACAUUGCCCCCGAGUAUGGGUGCAUGACGAGGAUCACGACGAAGAGCGACGUGUACAGCUUCGGGGUGGUGUUGCUGGAGAUGAUAACGGGGAGGCGGCCGGCAGACCCGGCGUUCGGGGAGGGGCAGAGCGUGGUACAGUGGGUGCAGGACCACCUAAGGUGGAAGCGGGACCCUGCGGAAGUUGUGGACCCCCGGCUUCAGGGGCACACCGACCCGUUGCUCCAGGAGAUGCUCCAGGCCCUGGGCAUCGCCCUCCUCUGCGCCAGCUCCCGCCCCGAUGACCGCCCCACCAUGAAAGCCGUCGCCGCACUCCUCCGUGGCAUCCAUGGCCACGACGACUCCAACAACUCCGCUGAGGCCCGAAAGCAUGGAUCCUUCGGGGGAGGCGAAGAGGUCAGAAAGCGGGCUGAGCCGCCGGCGCCUGCCUCUCCGCCCCCCGUCCGCAGCUCGGUCGCAUUCACCUUGUCGGCCAGCAGCGACAGUUGUUUGUAGCAGUGACGUCCACACCUUGGACAACGGCAGGCCUCCGGGGUGGUGACGGUGGGGCACAGGAAAGCAAGGCGCACGACGAGUAGUCGCUGUCGAUUACGGAAUGGUUGAUUAAUUUCUGGCGCCUGGAUGAUGAGAUGCUGGAAACAUUGCUGCCGUUGUGGAAGGGAGGCGAAGGCGCACAACGAGUAGUCGCUGUCGAUUACGGAAUGGUUGAUUAAUUUCUGGCGCCUGGAUGAUGAGAUGCUGGAAACACUGCUGCCGUUGUGUGGAAGGAAGGCGAAGGCGCAAGUGGAGUCGUGGAAGGUUGGCUGAGCCUGUCGAGAUGUCUGGCGUGUUGUUGAUGAGCAGCGGCGAAGAGAAGAAAGAAUGGGCAAAUCUCCGGUUAUAAAAUGCGCUGAUUGGAUGGGACACGUUUUAUAUGCCGGACCGAACAACGGCAAUUGUGACCGGUGCGGCUGAUGCUUCUUUCCCGCCCAUGCCUUGACUUUCGCCUUCCGGCGGCAAAAUCGGCUGAUGCAAUUAGUGCUUAGUGGGUCCUUUAUGCCGAGCCGCUUGGCUUCAUGAGUUUGUCGUGCCACCAGUACGCGAAUCCUACGACCAGGACAGAUUUAUUUAUGUAUUUAUCCAUACGAAUACAAAUCAAUAAAUCAUUUGCAGACGAUUCCAACC